AUAUCUCUGAUAAUCGUAUCUCCAUGACGACGAUGCAAGCGAAACAAGUACAAUCGAUAGUAUAAUGCUUCCCUUUUAUAAGAAGCACAACAAUGUAUGUUCACACCCAUUCCAAGGCAACCACACAGAUUUGUCGAUGCCACCUCUUGCACCUCCAAUCCUAAUGGAGCUAUCGUCGUCGCCAAUGUUACUCACCUGCCUUGGCAUGGUGCUCACCAUCGUGAUCCUGAUCCUCCGCAGUCUGAAAUGCAAGUCCCGCCGCCGUGUUUAUCGCCUCCCGCCGGGCCCGAGGCCAUGGCCUGUCAUCGGCAACCUGAACCUGGUCGGCGCGCUCCCGCACCGCUCCAUCCACGAGCUCUCCAACAAGUACGGCGAGCUCAUGCACCUCCGCUUCGGCUCCUACUCCGUCGUCGUCGCCUCGUCGCCCGAGAUGGCCGAGCUGUUCCUCAAGGCCCACGACCUGCUCUUCCUGGACCGCCCCAGGACGGCCGCCGGCAAGCACACCACCUACAACUACGCGGACAUCACGUGGUCGCCCUACGGCGCGUACUGGCGCCACGCGCGCCGCAUCUGCGCCACGCAGCUGUUCAGCCCCGGCCGCCUCGCGUCGUUCGAGCGUGUCCGCGCCGAGGAGGUGCGGCGCCUCGUGCGCGGCCUCUUCGCGGCGUCGGGACGACGACGCGCCGUGCGCCUCGGCAAGGACCACCUGUCCACGUUCAGCAUGAACGUGAUCACGCGGAUGGUGCUGGGCAAGCGGUUCUUCGACGGGGAGGAGGCAGAGGAGAGCGCGGCGGAGGGCCCGGUGUCGUCCCUGCCCGAGUUCAUGUGGAUGAUGGAUGAGCUGAUGCUGCUCAACGGCGUGCUCAACAUCGGCGACUGGAUCCCGUGGCUGGACUGCCUCGACCUGCAAGGCUACGUGCGGAGGAUGAAGAGGGUCGCGGCGAGGUUCGACGCGUUCCUAGAGCACGUCCUCGACACGCACGGCCAGCAACGGCGGCGCGAGGGCGAGAGCUUCGCGGCGCGGGACAUGGUGGACGUGCUGAUGCAGCUCGCCGAUGACCCCACCUCCGAGGUCCAGAUCGGCCGGGUAGGUGUCAAGGCGUUCACCCAGGACCUCAUAGUCGGUGGCACGGAACCCGUGUCAGCCACCGUGGAGUGGGCCAUGUCAGAGCUCCUGAGGAAGCCGUCCGUCCUCGCCAUGGCCGCCGAGGAGCUGGACCGGGAAGUCGGCCGCGGGCGCUGGGUCACGGAGAAGGACGUGGCACAUCUCCCCUGCCUCCAGGCCAUCGUCAAGGAAACCAUGCGCGUGCACCCCAUCGCGCCUCUCCUGCCCCCGCACGUUACCCGCGAGGACGCGUCCAUCGGCGGCUACGACAUCCCCAAGGGCACGCACGUCCUUAUCAACGUGUGGGCUAUCGGCAGGGACCCGGCUCUGUGGGACGCGCCGGAGGAGUUCAGGCCGGAGAGGUUCGUCGGGAGCAAGACCGACGUGAAAGGACGGGAUUUCGAGCUGCUGCCGUUCGGGUCCGGCCGGCGGAUGUGCCCCGGGUACAGCCUUGGGCUGCAGGAGAUACAGCUCAGCUUGGCCAACCUUCUCCACGGGUUUACUUGGACGCUGCCGGAGGGUAUGGCGAAGGAGGACCUGAGGAUGGACGAAUUGUUCGGGCUAUCCACGACGCGCAAGUUCCCGCUCGAGGUCGUCGUCCGGCCUAGGCUCGCUUCUGAACUCUAUGCAUGAUGAGUUCCCGGCCGCUCGAGAUGGUGAUUGUUUUUUAUGUAUGCGUGUUGCUCCGCCUGUUAAAGCUACAAGAAAUAAGAGCCUAUCUACCAAGUUGAUAGAGAAUCUCUAUCAACUUGGUAUCAAGUUGAUAUCACACUAGACUUAUGGUGGAUUUAUUUGAUGCGUGAUAGGCCUGAGGGCUCCUCGUUUGUUUCUUCAAUUUCAAUCCCAUGUUGAGCGCCUUCUAGACUCAAAAAUCAAGUGUGUUCAAUCUGAUUGGGGGUGGAGAGACUCAUAUAUAUAAUACUAAGUGUCUUGAUUGCGGUUC